CCUUACCAAGCUAAGGCCACACAUGGCCCAACCACUAAUCAAAGUCUAGCUAAUUAAUCCAGCUUACUUAAUUAACCUAAUUAAUCACCCUAGCCUUAAUCAAACCAAGCAUAAAUAGCUAAGCAGCUGGGCGCAAAAGCUAGCUUGCUUGGCCACUGCUCGUCUCUUGUCCACCACGAGAUCGACGAACACCAUCGAUCGCAGCUUCGCGUAGCUUUGAUUGGUGCACGUGUUCGAGCUCGAGAUGUCCACGUCCAUGGCGCGGCGAGGCGGCGGCGGCGGCGGUGGGGGAGGGAGGCAUCAGUUCCCGGUGGGGCGGCGGCGGCGGCACGUCCCGGUGGUUGACUCCGGGUGCGGAUGCCGGCCGCGGCGGCCGAGGCUGCUCAGCCUCGCGUCGUUCAUCUGGCCGUCGUCGAUGUCGUCCGCGUGCAAGCAGGCGGCGGCGGCUGCGGUGGCGGUGCCGGCGAGAGUUGGCGGCGGGGGGUCGAAAUCGAAAUCGUCGCCGUACUACUUCCGGUCGUCGUCCUCCGCCGCGUCGUUCUCCUCCUCCUCGGCCGCCACCACCUACAGCACCGCCAGCUACUACUCCUCCUCCCGCGGCGGCGGCGGCGGCGCCAAGAAGAAGAAACAGGAGGAAGAGCCGCCGUACCUUGCGCCGCCCAAGGGCAAGGCGGCGGCGAAGUCGCCGAGCAGGAGGAAGAAGAAGACGGCGGAGGAGGACGACGGCGGCGGCGGCGUCGGGGUGGCGGUGGAGAAGGAGUCGUCGGACCCGCGCGCCGACUUCCGGGAGAGCAUGGUGCAGAUGGUGGUGGAGAUGGGGCUCUGCCAUUGGGACGACCUCCGCUCCAUGCUCCGCCGCCUCCUCGCCCUCAACGCCCCCGCCCACCACGCCGCCAUCCUCACCGCCUUCGCCGAGGUCUGCGCCCAGCUCGCCGCCCCCUCGCCGCCGCCGCCGCCGUACGGCGGCCAUCACCGGCGCAGCUAGCUGAUCAGUCAACCAUGCAUCGGAUGCCACGUCAUCAGGUGAAGUUACCGGGCGGUGAUAUGAUAUGAUAGAAUCUCUCCAACGGCAAAAGUAAUUAAAAUGGCUCCUAGUACUACUACUGUACAACAAAAGCUAUUUAAAAUUUGAUGAAAAUUUAAGUAAAGUUGGCUGGUACUAGUAGUAGUACAGGUGCUUGAUUUAAUUUCUGUACUUUAUGCAGUUCAUGUUGGGUAAUUAGUCUCUGUUUAGUACUCGUAGUACGUGUGUUAAUCUCGUUUUGUUUAGGAGGUUAAUUGGAAUAGUUAGUUAGUUAAUUGGAUGUGUUUGUGUGUGUGUAUGGCCUUUGGUUUUGCAUGAAGGUCCAUAGAGAAUUAAGGCAAACAGCUAUAGUCAGUUAUUGUUACAAGUACGUGCUUUAAUUAUGUAAUUAAAUAUGUGAUUGAUCAAUGAGGAAUUUAAUUAGGAGUGUGAA